AUGUUAGACGAAAAUGAAGUUAAUAUUAUUGAAAGCGAAACAAAUUUGGAAAUAGGAAAAGAAAAUAAUAAUGAUGAAUUAGAAGAUUCUAUUUACAGUUCAAAAGACGAAUUUGAAGCAAUUUGUGUGGGUGAUUUAAGUUCAGAACUUACUGGUUAUGUAAAAAGUAUAAAAGCGUCAAAAAAAUGUGGCGGAGAAAAUCAAUAUCGAAUAAUGAAUUUUACUUUGAGUAAUGAUGAAGAUGCAGUAUGUCAUGUCAGUGUGUGGAAUGAAGAAAUUAAUAGAAUUGAACCUGAUUUAAUUUUAAAUAGUGUUAUAAACAUCGCUGGUGCUGAAAUAAAGAAUUUUAAAGAUCCUAAAUAUAAUAACGGGAAUCAAAAAUAUGAAAUGAUAAUUAGAAAAAAUACAGUUGUAACUUUAAUAAAAAAUCAAAGAUGUAUUAAAAAUGAUUUAAAAGGCGAAAUUAUAAAACUUAUAGAUUUUGAAGAUUUAAAAACAGAAAACGGUCUCAUAUUACAUCUAGAUGGAGUUUCAUCAAGAAAAAUUCACCAUAUGGAUUGUAAUGAGGCCAAUAUGAAUUUUGAAUUGAGUAUUCAAUCAAAUACAGAAAUAAAUUUUUUGGGCAUUCGAAAAGUUGAAGAGGAAGUUCCAAAAUGUGAAGAUUGGAGUUUAAAAGAUAUUGGAAAGGCUAAUUCCGAACAAAUUAGUAAAUAUAUUUAUAUUUAUAUAGAUGAUUCUCCUGAAAGUGACAUUCCUGAACGUUCCUGA